AUGGCAACAAACGAUCAUUCAGGCUACCCAUUGAAGUGGUUUAAAGAUCAGAAUGCUGCAAGACAUGCUUGGGAAUGUGCUAUUUGUUUGAAAGUUUUAAAAGAUCCCGUCCAAGUGCGAGACUGUGGACAUCAAUUUUGUUCCCUCUGCAUUGACGACAUUCUCAAGUAAGUUUCACUUUCGCAAGUUUAUAAAAUCUUUAAUAUAUAUUAUUUCAAAAUGGAGUGUUUCUAUGGGUUGUUAUUCCAACGGCUCAGACGAGUGACGAUAAUUACACUAUUUAUAAUAUGUUGACCAAUUUGUUUUAUGUGUUAUUUUUUGUAUGUUUAUAUUUCUUUUUGUUCAAGGUAUAGUUUACAGGUACAAUAAAUGUAUAUUUAGCCCUUAGUAUAUAUGGCCCCCUCCCCCAUACAUGUAAUAUAUAAAGCCCAUCAAAAAAUGCUUACAAAUGAAGCCCAGGGCUUUAUAUUUGGAGGCUUUAUAUUUGGAGGUACUGUGUUUUCAAACUCAACCAAAUUACAAAGACUUGAUAUUAAUUAAGACAGCUGUUUAAUUGAAAUAUAAUUAAAAUAUAUAUUUCAACAGGGCAGAUCCUCGGUGUCCAUCUUGUAGAAUUGAAAUAUCUGAUGCAAUGGUAUGUUGUAUAUUAAAUGAAAUUUUGCUAUGUUUUAUCUGCUGGUUAGUGGCAGUGCUCUUUAAUAUGACCAAAUAAUUUCUAGAUUUUUGAAGACCAUGCUGCAAGAAGGUUGAUCAAACAGCUGGAAGUGAAUUGUUGUAAUGAAGGCUGUGGUUGGCACGGGCAUCUGAGUGCACUAUUACAG